AUGGCGAUUGCCAGACCUGUCCGAAUAUUAGCUCUUUUAGCUAUAGGCUUCUGGAUAUUUUUUCUUUACCACGUUUUCUAUCCGGGAAAGUACUUCAGAGGCUCUACAAAAAAUUACGAUCUAGAAAGAGAUCCUAAUUUAGACCCUACAGGUGAACCCGAAGGUCCUCUCUGGCGCGCCACUCAAGGAUAUGGUUUAGGUGCAGAAGGUGGAAACCGAAUCAAUGCGACACUCCUAUCAUUAGUUCGAAAUGAAGAAGUUGAUGGCAUGGUACAAUCUAUGCGCGAUUUAGAAAGGACUUGGAACUCUAAAUUUAACUAUCCAUGGAUAUUUUUUAAUGAUGUACCUUUCACCGAAGAAUUCAAAGCUAAGACUCAAGCUGAGACAAAAGCCGAAUGUCUCUAUGAGCUGAUACCUAGUAAACACUGGGAAGUGCCUGGAUGGAUCGAUGAAGAACUCUUUCAAGAAUCGGCUAAAAUUUUGAAAGAAAAUGACAUACAAUAUGGUGCCCUUAAAUCAUACCAUCAGAUGUGCCGCUGGAAUAGUGGACUAUUUUACAAGCAUCCAGCCCUUGCGAAUAUCCAGUACUACUGGCGAGUGGAGCCAAAAGUACACUUCUUUUGCGAUGUCGACUAUGACGUAUUUCGCUACAUGCAAGAUAACAAUAAAACUUAUGGCUUUACCAUCAAUCUAUACGACGCCCCAGCAUCAAUACCUACCCUCUGGCCAGAAACAGUCAAAUUUAUGGCUGAACAUCCCAACUACUUGCAUGAGCGAAAUAGUAUGAACUGGUUGACGGAUAGCUCAAGAAGACCAGAACACAACAUUAAAGCAAAUGGAUAUUCAACAUGUCACUUCUGGUCGAACUUUGAAAUCGCAGAUUUGAAUUUAUGGAGAAGUCAAGCUUACGAAGAUUAUUUUAAUCACCUCGAUCGUGCCGGAGGGUUUUUUUAUGAAAGAUGGGGAGAUGCGCCGGUACAUAGUAUAGCCGUCGGAUUAUUCGAAGAUUCAAGUAAAGUUCACUGGUUUCGUGAUAUUGGCUAUCAACAUAUACCAUAUUUCAACUGUCCUAAUUCACCCAAAUGUCAAGGAUGUGUCACUGGUAGGUUCACAGAUGGAGAACCAUGGCUUAAAAAAGAAGAUUGCAGACCUAAUUGGUUCAAAUACGUCGGAAUGGACUGA